CAAAAGCGGAAACUCAGACUUUACAUCUCCAACACGUUUAAUCCUGCAAAAUCUGACGCUGACGACUCCGAUGGCAGCAUCGCCUCGUGGGAGCUGCGAGUGGAGGGGAAGCUCCUGGAUGACCUCAGCAAACAGAAGCGGAAGUUUUCCUCUUUUUUUAAGAGUUUGGUUAUUGAACUGGACAAAGAUCUGUAUGGGCCUGACAACCAUCUUGUGGAGUGGCACAGAACUCCCACAACGCAGGAGACGGAUGGUUUCCAGGUGAAAAGACCCGGCGAUGUCAGCGUGCGGUGCACAUUGCUCCUCAUGUUGGACUACCAGCCUCCACAGUUCAAACUGGACCCGCGCUUAGCUCGCCUGCUGGGGAUACACACCCAGACCCGCUCAGCCAUCAUCCAGGCUCUCUGGCAGUACAUCAAAACCAACAAGCUGCAAGACUCCCAUGACAAGGAGUACAUUAACUGUGACAAGUACUUCCAGCAGAUCUUUGACUGUCCACGGCUAAAGUUUUCUGAGAUUCCUCAGAGACUCACUAACCUGCUGCUGCCACCAGACCCUAUAGUGAUAAACCACAUAAUCAGUGUUGACCCCAACGAUCAGAAGAAGACCGCUUGUUACGACAUAGAUGUAGAAGUUGAAGACCCAUUAAAGGGACAGAUGAGUAGUUUUCUUCUCUCAACAGCUAACCAACAAGAGAUUACAGCAUUGGACAACAAGAUUCAUGAGACAAUUGAAUCCAUAAAUCAGUUAAAAAUACAACGUGAUUUCAUGCUGAGUUUCUCCAAAGAUCCCAAAGGAUACAUCCAAGACCUUCUCCGGUCCCAAAGUAGGGAUCUUAAGGUGAUGACCGAUGUAGUUGGAAACCCAGAGGAAGAACGCAGGGCUGAAUUUUAUCACGAGCCGUGGUCUCAAGAGGCUGUCAGCAGAUAUUUCUACUGCAAGAUCCAGCAGCGCCGGCAGGAACUGGAACAAUCUCUGGGAGUGCGCAACACAUAAGUACUGCUCACAAGGUCCCGUUGGCAUCACAACCACCAAACCAGUGGACUUUUCGGUGUUCUCUAGCUCACUGUUACACAUGGACCUGCUUCCUGGCUGGAUGAGAAUGUACAAUCAACACACCAGUCAGAACACCAGCUUUAGAGUGACCCUUGAAAAUCUCGCCCAUGGGAGGGUGUCUAAAACCAUUCCAGGCCAGAGACAGCACCAUACAAGUGUCAGUGUUAAAGAAGAUUAAAGGUUCAUUCAUCAAUGCGUAUCAUUAAGUUUUAGUGGAAAGUUCAGACACUACACAGCAAAUCCUAAUGGGCUGCGCAUAGAACCAUGGGUGGCAUCAGUGGGGGAGGCUGAGAUGGGUGUUAGAGGAGACUACAGAUUUAGAGAAAUACACGCCAUUCUCAUCCUAUGAUACAUAAGAGCCUCAAACAGUAACUUCUCUGGAAUU